AUGCCGUGCCCUCCUGCUGCUGCUGCAGCGGCUGCUGCAGCAGCAGCAACCGAAACAGCAGCCUUAAGAGCAGCAGCAGCAGCGGCAGCCGCAGCAGCAGCUGAAUGCGUCCCUACAAGAAGGGCCGUCCGAUUUGCAGCAUCGGCAGCAGCAGCAGCCGCAGCAGCAGCAACACCACCAGCAGCAGCAGCGCAAGGAAGGUCACUGCCGCAGCACAAGCGUGCUGCAGUGCCCGCACCUGCUGCUGCUCCUGCUCCUGCUGCUGCUGCUGCUCAUUCUCCUGCUGCUGCUGCUGCACGGAGUUCCCCACAGCAGCAAACUAUGUUUCUUUCUCGUUCUAGGCUACCCAACCGCCUUGUAGUUAAUCGCAUGCUGCUGCUGCAGAUGCAGCUACAUCCAGCAGCAACAGCAGCAGCAGCACCAACAGCAGCAGGCUCGUUUCCUGCUGCUCGUUGGCAGCGCCGUUCGGUUUCCUUUCUGCACUGGGGACGGGCGGCUGAGAAGCAACAGUCAUCAGAAGAACAGCAGCAGCAGCAGCAGCAGCAGCAGCAGGCUACCCACCCAGUUGAGCAACAGUCGAAGGACUCUCAAGACGAAGGCAGCAGCAGCAGCAGCAGCAGCAGCAGCAACUCGGAUGUUGCUGCUGAAGGCCCUGUGCAUGCAGGAGAUGCGCCAGCGCAGCGCCUUGACACUGCAGCAGCAGCUGACGGAAGUGCAGCAGCAGACACCCCAACCAGCAGCAGCAGCAGCAGCAACAACAAUGACAGCAGCAGCAGCAGCAGCAGCAGCAGCAGCCGGCGGUGGCCUCAGGCACUGGCAGACCGCCUCUGGUACACCAAGAGUGCUGCAGCACCUGCUGAUGCUACAGCAGCAACAGAAGCACCUGCUGCAGCAGCAGCUGCUGCUGGAGACCACGACCGUGGGGACCGUUCUGAAGCAGCCGCAGCAGAAGCAGUACAGGCAGCAGCAGAAGCAGCAGCAGCAGCAGAAGCAGCAGCAGCAGCAGAAUCUCCGGCAGCAGCAAAGCUUUGGGAGGGCGAAGGGGCUUCUCUCUAUGGGGGAAAUAAUAUGAAGCAUAAUGCUGCUGCAGCACCAACAGCAGCAGCAGCAGCAGCAGCAACAGCAGCCGCCGCCGCCGCAGCAGCAGCAGCAGCGCCCCACGGUGCUGCAGCGCAUGCGUGGAGGCAGCUGCACCAGCUGCAUCAGGAGCUGCUGCAUUUGCUGCAGCGAGCAGCGGCACUGGAGCGAAGCAUCCCGAACAACAGAAAGAAGCCGCUGCUGCUUAUUUUAGCUGCCGCAG